CCAUCAUGGCUGCAGCGGUCACGGAGGACCACAUUUUGUACGACGUGUUUAUACGUGCAGAGUGGUCCCUCGGGGGAGAAAUCUUGAACAAGACAGGAUUUGAUAUUGGUCAGCUGAGGGGAUCUCUGCCAAAGAAGUUUUUGACAGUUGCACAAAAUUCCUUUUGGUGGUUGCUGAGGGGAAUUCAGUAUACUAUUAGUGGCAGCAAUCAAAUUCUUGGUCUCCCAGCACAGCUGUAUAAAAUCAUCAACAGUUCACUCAGUUGGCAGUUUGCCUUGUCCAGUGAUGGAAAGCUCCUUGCAGUGCUUCAAGAUAGUUUUAUUGAAAUAAGGUAAUAUCAUCAAUUAUUAUGCGUAAAAGUAUUCUUCAAUAGCCUCAUUUCCAUGGUCAGUGCUUUCAUUUUCAUUGGGAAACAUGAUGGAGAUAACAGAAAAAAGUG